GUUAAUCACUUCCGGGUCAAAUUUGGCGGCGUUGUUGUUUUCAUAUUUCUGUUAUUCGUCAUCAGCUCCACGUUAUCUGGUAGAUUUAUCGUGGCAUUUCAUGUGUUUUACUUUUGGAUAUCUCACUACCAACCACCCCAAUUCGAUAUUGAUUAUCAGCUAAACUGUUCGGCGGUCCCUGUGUUCCCUCCUAAAGCUUUGGAAUGGGCAGUCAUUUCCGCAGUUACAUCUGGGACCCGGUCCUCAUUUUGUCUCAGAUUGUGUUGAUGCAAUGCAUCUACUACAGCUUCCUGGGUUUGUGGCUGGCUGUUGUGGACAGUCUUGUACAAACCAACAGAUCACUGGACCAGAUCUUCAGUUAUGAGGUUCUUGGAUUUGCAACAAUGCAGGGCAGACUCUCAAUGAUGGCGUUCAUCUUGAACUCACUGACCUGUCUGUUUCGUCAGUGCCCUGGGCCUGUUGUUCUUUAUCCGCCGAGGGAAGCAGUGUCUGGACUUCACUAUCACCGUGCACUUCUUCCACAUGAUAGGCUGUUGGCUCUACAAUGCCCACCUCCCGGCGGCCCUGUCCUGGUGGCUGGUCAACGUGGCCUGCAUGGCUCUGAUGGCGGUGAUUGGAGAGUACCUAUGCAUGCGGACUGAGCUCAGGGCCAUCCCAGUCAACAGUGGACCCAAGUCUAACCUUUGACUGCUGACCACCUGACCUGACCCCACUCUGUGACUCUGGCUCAUUCACUGUGAACUGUUCACUGACAGUAUUCUGCCCAGUAUGAUGUAGGGUAUGACAUUUGUGCCCAAAGACUUGGUGGGACUGGGAUGUCAGCUGCUAUAACGCAGUAGUUGGAUCUAGAGACAGAGAUGCUCCAAGUUGGAACAUUGCACACCUCUCAAUAGAUUCAAGGACUUGGAAAUUAACUGAAAUGGUGCUGGUUGCUGUAUUUAUUUGUAAACAUAUACUACCUGUCUAACAGUGAAUGCUAACUUUUUCCUCGACCCACUAAGAUAUCACUUGCUUUGAGACAGUUCGAAGCAGAGUUUAGUUUGUCCUACAAAGAGCUUAAUGGUUUCAUGAUUUGAUUAAAUAAUGAUGAUAUCACAUGAUUGUGGCAAAAUGAUUGUCAUGCACAUGCUUUCGGUUAUGUCCUUUCCAGUUGAGAAAAAUAAAAACGAUAACAAACUAGUCAUACAUGUAAACAACAGAUCACCACGUUGGAAUUAUAUUUUAUUCCUCAUUAUAGUUUGUGAGCUUGAGGGGUGAAAGGAAUCGGCAAUGCUCAUCCAUACGUCAACAUUAUGAAGUUAACAUGACAACGCUAUAGGAGCAGCAAGUAUCUGAUAAUUAUCGCUUAGCAUGAUCAUAGUGUUGUGUGUGUACAAGAUGUGAUGCUGUGGAGAGCAGAUGGCUCCUCUGGGGAUGGUCUGUCAGCCACCAGAUGUGUUCUGACAAGAUGCUGUCACUGUGUGUGUGCCUGACUGUGCUCGAUGGUGCAGUGACUGCCAUCUAUGGUCAAAUUAUACGUAAACCUAUUUUAGAAAGCAUGCUUAGUACUCCUGGUUCUCUGCUGAUUUUCAAUGCACUUUCUCUUUCCUUCUCAUAUCCUAUUUGUCAAAAAUGAUUUUCAGACUAUGUCUGGACCAUACACAUUUUUAUAUCAUUCUAAACUUUGUGUGAGAUCUCAGAGGUUUUACUUGAAUUGCGGUAGAAAUCUGGACUAUGCAGUGAGAUCUUUCUACACCUCACCUGUUAAUGUUUUUUCCGCUGGCAUUGCUGCUGUGGUUUUUAUAUAACUACGGUAUUGAACUCUUGAUAAUAAGUGGGACCAUUUGGU